AUGGGACACCUGCAGCUGCUGCUCAUGGAGAACUUCAAGUCCUGGCGGGGCCGCCACGUCAUCGGCCCCUUCAAGAGGUUCUCCUGCAUCAUCGGCCCCAACGGCUCCGGAAAAUCAAAUGUAAUGGAUGCACUUAGUUUUGUAAUGGGAGAGAAAAUAGUUAAUUUAAGAGUGAAAAGUAUUCAGGAACUUAUUCAUGGAGCACACAUUGGAAAACCUGUUUCUUCCUUUGCAAGUGUACAAAUUGUAUAUGUAGAGGAAGAUGGAGAAGAGAAGAAAUUCUCAAGGAUUAUUCAAGGAGGAUGCUCAGAAUUUUAUUUUAAUGAUAAUCUUGUGAGUCGUUCUGCUUACGUCGCAGAGCUGGAAAAGAUAGGUAUAAUAGUCAAAGCACAGAACUGUUUAGUUUUUCAGGGAACUGUAGAGUUGAUUUCCAUGAAAAAACCCAAAGAAAGAACUCAGUUUUUUGAGGAAAUCAGCACUUCAGGAGAACUGAUAGGCGAAUAUGAGGAAAAGAAAAAGAAGUUACUAAAAGCUGAAGAAGAUGCACAGUUUAAUUUUAAUAAGAAAAAAAGUGUGGCUGCAGAGCGUAAGCAGGCAAAAUUAGAGAAAGAUGAGGCAGAACGCUACCAGAGUCUCCUUGAAGAACUAAAAGCACACAAGAUAGAGCUGCAGCUUUUCCAACUGUACUACAAUGGGAAAAAAAUUGAUUAUCUGAGCACCGAGUUAGAGCGUGUGAAUAGGGACUUGAGUGUUACAAAAGAGUCCUUUGAUCAUCAUGAGAACAUAAUGAAAGCCAAGAAAAAGGAGCAUGGAGUGCUGUCAAGACAACUGCAACAAACAGAGAGAGGACUGAAGUCUAUUGACGCACUUUUAAAUGUGAAGAGGCCUCAGUAUAUUAAAGCUAAAGAAAACACUUCUCACCACCUCAAGAAAUUGGAAGAAUAUAAGAAAACAAUAAAGGAUGGUGACAAACAAUGUUCUAAACAAGAAGAUGACAUAAGAGUCCUGGAGAAAGAACUGAUUGAUUUAGAUAACACAUGGAAACUUUUUGAGAAGCAGGUUGAAGAAAAAAUCUUACAUAAAGAAGACAUUGAGCUGGAAGCUAGUCAGCUGGAUUGUUACAAAGAACUAAAGGAGCAAGUAAGAAAGAAAGUAGCUAUAAUGACACAACAGUUGGAAAAACUACAGUGGGAACAGAAGACAGAAAAAGAAAGACUGGCAUUCGAAAAGAGACGGCAUGGAGAAGUUGAGGGAAAUCUGAAGCAAAUAAAAGAACAAAUAGAAGAUCAUAAAAAACGAAUAGAGAAAUUGGAGGAGUAUACAAAGUCAUGCAUGGAAUGCUUGGAAGAGAAAAAACAGCAAGAGGACAUCUUGAUGGAUGAAAUUAAAAAAACAAAAUCAAGAAUGUCUGAAGUUAAUGAGGAAUUGAACCUUAUUAGAAAUGACUUGGAGAAUGCUGGAAUUGAUAACCAUGAAGGGAGACGUCAGCAGAAGAGAGCAGAAAUUCUGGAUCACCUCAAAAGGCUUUACCCAGAUUCUGUGUUUGGAAGACUGCUUGACCUGUGUCAUCCUAUUCAUAAGAAAUACCAGCUGGCAGUGACUAAGGUUUUUGGCCGGUACAUGGUUGCCAUAAUCGUCACUUCUGAAAAGGUAGCAAGGGAUUGUAUUCGAUUUCUGAAGGAGGAAAGAGCAGAACCUGAGACAUUCCUCGCUCUCGAUUACCUUGAUAUCAAGCCAAUUAAUGAAAGACUAAGAGAACUUAAAGGCUGCAAAAUGAUGGUUGAUGUUAUAAAGACUCACAUUCCUCAGCUGAAGAAAGUAAUUCAGUUUGUAUGUGGAAAUGGCCUUGUCUGUGAAACUGUGGAGGAAGCAAGACACAUUGCAUUUGGCGGACCUGAGAGACGGAAAACAGUAGCCCUUGAUGGAACUCUGUUUUUAAAGUCUGGGGUGAUCUCUGGAGGAUCAAGUGACUUACGACAGAAGGCUAGAUGCUGGGAUGAGAAAGAGAUAAAGAAUCUCAAAGAUAAAAGGAACCAGCUGGUUCAGGAACUCAAGGAUUUGAUGAAGGCACUCCGCAAGGAAAUAGAUUUGAAACAAAUACAGACCCAAAUACAAGGAACUCAGACACGACUCAAAUAUUCACAGAGUGAACUGGAGAUGAUUAAGAAGAAGCAACUUGCUAAUUUUUCCAGGGAACAAUCUCAACUACAAAGCGAAUUACUAAACAUAGAGGCUCAGUGCACUAUGCUGAGCCAAGGAAUCACAGAACAGCAGCAGAAAAUCGAAGAUUUUCAAGAGAAGAUAGACAAGGUUGAAGAUGACAUAUUCCAAAAGUUUUGUGAAGAAAUUGGCGUAGCAAAUAUUCGUGAAUUUGAGAAUAUACAUGUUAAACAGCAUCAAGAAGUUGAUCAAAAAAGAUUGGAAUUUGAAAAACAGAAAACUCGGCUUAAUGUUCAGAUUGAAUAUAGUCAAAACCAACUUAAGAAGAAACUGAGCAAGAUCAACACAUUAAAAGAAACACUCCAGAAAGAUAGAGAAGAAACUGAUAAGCUAAAGAAGGUGGAAGAUGACUGUCUCCAAGAGGUGGAUGACCUCAUGGCAAAACGGCAGCAAUUUAUGGACAUGUUUGUCACUCAGAACUCUGACACUGAGAAAGCUCAAACUCAGAUUGAAGAGGAACGGAAGAAGAUUUUGGCCAUUGAUAGGGAUCUGGACAAAUUGCAAAAGGAAAUUGUAAUCAUUCAGACGUCUCUGGAACAGAAACGACUAGAGAAGCAUAACUUGCUGCUUGACUGCAAAGUUCAAGACAUUGAAAUCAUUCUCUUGUUGGGGUCCCUGGAUGACAUCAUCGAAGUGGAGUUGGGGACUGGAACAGAAAGUACCCAGGCGACAACUGACAUCUAUGAGAGGGAGGCGGCCAUGGAAAUAGACUACAGCUCUCUACGGAGUGACUUAAAGGCCCUGCAAAGAGACAAAGAAGUGCAGGUCUACUUGACUCUCUUUCGGGAGCAAAUAGCAGCCAAAGAAGACAUUCUGUUGAAGACAGCAACCCCAAACCUGCGAGCCCUGGAGAACUUAAAGAAUGUCAGAGACAAGUUUCAAGAGUCCACAGAUGCAUUUGAGGCCAGCAGAAAGGAAGCCAGAAUAUGCAGGCAGGAGUUUGAGCAGGUGAAGAAGAAGAGAUUCGACCUUUUCAGCCAAUGCUUCGAGCACGUCUCCAUCUCAAUUGACCAGAUCUACAAGAAGCUCUGCAGAAACAGCAGUGCCCAGGCAUUUCUUAGCCCAGAGAAUCCUGAAGAGCCGUACCUGGAGGGAGUCAGCUACAACUGUGUGGCUCCAGGAAAACGGUUUAUGCCGAUGGACAACUUGUCAGGCGGGGAAAAGUGCGUGGCAGCUCUGGCUCUCCUGUUCGCUGUGCACAGUUACCGGCCUGCCCCAUUCUUUGUUCUAGAUGAAGUGGAUGCAGCCCUGGACAAUACUAACAUUGGCAAAGUGUCAAGUUACAUCAAAGAGCAGACUCAAGAACAGUUUCAGAUGAUCAUCAUCUCCCUGAAAGAAGAGUUCUAUUCCAAAGCUGACGCUCUCAUCGGCAUCUAUCCUGAGCACAAUGACUGCAUGUUCAGCCGAGUUCUGACUCUGGAUCUUUCUCGGUAUCCAUGUGACCUUCCAGGCCAAGAAGGCAAAAAACAGCAGGAUGCUCAAGAGUCCAGAGACUCCCAUUCCUGUUAG